CCUGACUUCUGCACAAGGUGUGCCCAGGUGACUUGCCCAUCCUUGGGCGGCUGCCAUGACACAUUCCGCACGCUUGACGCUGCCCGGGGAGAACCAGGCAGCCCAGCGCGGCUUUCCUACUCAGAGCAUCUGGCUCAGCGGCCAGGGUAUCCUCUAUGCAGCCAGCACAGUCCGGGCUCAGCUCAUUGUGAUCCUCAGCCUGCCUGGGCAGUGACACUCCCCUCGGCCCCCGGGGAGCCGCAGAGCCAGGGACAGAAUAACAUGCUCAGGAGAAAUGUCCUCAGAGUCCUCAGCAUCGGGCUGCCGCUGGUCUUCGCUCUCAACCUCCUCCUGAUGUUUUACACCAAGAGGAUUGUACAGGAGUUGAUCCUGGGGGAUCAUCAGAAGAAGCUGCAUUUUGCUCCGUCUGAACAGAAUGGGACAGUGAUGGACAGACUCUCUCGACUGGAGGCGGAUUUGCUGCAUCUGAAACAAACUAUGAAGCUGGCUACGAAACACUCAGAAGAUGGGGUUGGCAGGCUGGCAAUGGUGAAAGAUGAAAAGCAUCCUUUUCCAGAUACAGCUCAUGCCAAGGAGGGUGGCUUCUUCAAGGAAAAUCCCCACAAGGUUCUCUUCCCAGACUCAGAACUUUUCAGGAAGUGGGGUAGGGACCUUUCUCAGGCUCAGCAGAAAGAGGCUGAGGACCUCUUCCAGAAGUUUGGCUAUAACGUGUACCUCAGUGACCAGUUGCCCCUGGAUCGUACCCUCCCAGACACUCGAGAUUCCAGGUGUCGUUGGAAGCAGUAUCCUUCACAGCUCCCAUCUCUCAGCGUCAUCCUCAUAUUCAUGGAUGAAGCUCUGUCUGUCAUCCAGCGAGCCAUCACCAGCAUCAUCCAGCGGACCCCCCCUCAAUUGUUGAAAGAGAUCAUCUUAGUGGAUGAUUUUAGCUCAAAUGGAGAAUUAAAGGCAGACUUGGAUGAGAGGAUUAAGCUUUACAACCGAAAGUCUCCAGGACUCCUGAAGAUAAUACGGCAUACCGAGAGAAGAGGUCUGGCUGCAGCUCGAAACACCGGCAGGGAGGUGGCCACGGCCGAUGUGGUUGCCAUCUUGGAUGCUCACAUUGAAGUGAAUGUUGGGUGGGCAGAGCCCAUCUUGGCUCGGAUUCAGGAAGACCGCACUGUGAUCGUGUCUCCCGUGUUUGACAACAUUCUUUUUGACACCUUUGAACUGAUUCAGUAUGCACUAGCGGUUGACGGGUUUGAUUGGGAACUCUGGUGCCGCUAUGAUGCACUGCCGAAAGCCUGGGUUGAUCUCCAUGAUGUCACUGCUCCUGUGAGAAGUCCUUCCAUCAUGGGCAUCCUGGCUGCCAAUAGGCUCUUCUUGGAAGAAAUUGGCUCUCUGGAUGGUGGGAUGCUGACCUAUGGAGGAGAGAAUGUGGAACUUAGCCUGAGGGUGUGGCAAUGUGGAGGUAGCAUUGAGGUCUUGCCCUGCUCCCGAGUUGCCCACCUGGAGAGACACCACAAGCCCUACUCCUUAGAUCUGAGAAUUCCUUUGAAGCGGAACGCCCUGAGAGUGGCUGAAAUCUGGAUGGACGAGUACAAAGACAUGGUCUAUAUGGCCUGGAACAUACCUCUGCAGAACUCUGGAAUCGAUUUUGGAGACAUUUCUUCCAGAAUGGCACUCCGGAAGAAACUGAAAUGCAAAACUUUCGACUGGUAUCUGAAAAAUGUUUAUCCUCUUCUGAAACCAGUCCGCAGCGUUGUGGCCUAUGGAAGAAUGAAAAACACGUUGGAUGAACGCAUCUGCCUGGACCAGGGAGCUGUUCCAGGCAACACCCCCAUCAUGCAUCACUGCCAUCAAUACAGUUCCCAGAACGUCUACUAUCACCUAACCGGGGAACUCUAUGUGGGACCACUGAUUGCACAGAGAGACGCUGAUGAUCGCUGCCUGACAGACCCCGGCAAAGGGGAGAAGCCCACUCUAGAGCCAUGUUCCAAGGCGGUUAAAGAUAGACUGAACAUACACUGGGAUUUUAAACCGGGCAGAGCCGUUAUCAACAGAGCCACCAAACGAUGUCUGGAGAUGAAGAAGAACAUUUGGGGUGGCUACAUGCUUGUUCUCCAGGCCUGCACUGCGCAAGUGUGGACAAUCCAGUACACUGUCCGAAACUGGGGGUCAGACUAAGGUCCAGGGAUGCUCGGAGAGCCUGGGUUCUUGCCACAGCUCCCAAUGCUGCUCAAAACAGAGAAAGGAGGAGAGAAAGUGUGUGUGCAUGUGUGUGUGUGUGUGUUUACUGUAACUUCAGCUAGUACUCCUGAAAGGGGCAAAUCAACCAGUAAUCUUUAAAAAAAAAAAGCCCUCCAUCCAGCCAGCCCCGCACACCACAGCAGGUUUCUUUGGAAAUACCCAUCUCUCCCACAGGGUAGGGGGGGACACACCUAACUAGCCAGUCCCACUCUGCCCAGUGCAUGAAAAUGGUGGAAAAAAAUCCAAGCCCUUAAGGGUCUUUCUCUAAGGAGCUUAUCACAUUUAAUAGGCUUGACUACUUGUUUCCUGCUACUAUAUUUGAAAAUUAUGGAGAAAAGGAGGCUUGAAACAGAGGGGCAUCACUUAUUGGGACACAAAGAAGGGAUUGUAGGCAAAUAACUAAGACCAGAGGAUCCUUGCUGCAGCCCAUUGGAUAAAUCCUUUCCUAUAGGUGGUGAGUUAGGCGGAUCUGUCAGGGGUAUCAGCUUCCAUGAGGUCUUAGAGGCUGGUGGGGGUGGGCGUCGGGGUGGGAGAAGUAGAACGCGCUGUGAGUGCUAUGUUGCUGGGUUUGCCUUUCAAGGGCAUCCUUUUAUCUUUUCAUGUCAGGGUUACCUGGGUGUGAUUCUGGGAAUCAUCGGGCUUCCUUUAAGCAUUAGGCAGACAAGACACUGAUAAUUUAGCACAGAAUUAAAUCAGCUCAGAUUUUUUCAAGUAACUUUUUUAUAAACGUACAAGUCAUACAUGUACAGCUUGAUAAAAUGUUUGCAGUGACCAUAUCAAUAUCAAGGACUAAACUGUUACCGCAAUCAGAGAUUUUAUGAUGAAAAAAAUGAAGAGGAUAAAUGUGAAGCAAAUGUAUAACUUCUAGCUUCUGCCCAGCACUUUGAAAGGAAAAUUCAAUUCAUAGCCAAGUUUUUUUUUUUUUAAAGCAUGUGCCUAAUAGAAAAAUGGGCAAAAGUCACAAUAUUCUUAAAAGAAAAAAUGUUUAACCUCACAAGUUAAAACUGUACUGAAAUCAUUUUUCACUUAAUGGUGAAAAUUUUAAAGUAUAAUGGCACAUUCUGGUCAGCAGGACUGGGGAAGUAGGCAAUCUCAUGUUUCGAUGGUAGGGAUGAAAACUGGUACAAUGCUUUUGGGGGGAUGUUUGGCAUUAUCUAAAAAUAUUAUAUGUGUACUUUCUAUUUGUGCCACUAAUUGCACCUCUAGAAAUUCAUAACUCCAAAAACAAGAAAAUAAUUAUGUACAAAAUAAUUCCUUGCAGUGUUGAUUGCAGUCGUAAAAUGUUGGAAACAAACCAUAUACUCAAACAUCAGAGAGUGGUCCACCUAGUGGGGUGCAACUAUAAGAAAGAAUGAGGGCCAUUUUUUGAAUGGAUAUGGAGUGAUUUCCAGUGUGAAAGAGGAAAAGCAGCCUCUAAAGUUAUGUGCCUUUUAGGCCAGGCUUCCCUUUCCUUCACUAACUCCUGGAGUUUGCACAACUCAUGCCCAUCGAGUCAAUGGUGCCAUCCAAACAUCUCAUUCUCUGCUGCCCCCUUCUCCUUCUGCCCUAGUCUUUCGCAGCAUCAGGGGCUUGGUCUUUUUCCCAAAAUACAGAGCCUGAUUCUAUAAUCUUCAGGGAAUAUCACUUAAACCCAAGCCGAGGGACAUUCUUCAAAAUAAAUGGUCUUUAUAUUUCGUGACGUCAGUCAUAAAGAACAAAGACCAACUGAGGAACUGCCCCAGAGUAAAGGAGAUUAAAGCGACAGGACAGGCCUCUCUUGUUUGCACCUCCUGCUGCUCCUGGAUUCUGGCACUUUUCCAAAGAAAGAUGGGCCUGAGACUCUGAUCAGGUGUCCGGGCCUUUUCUCCAGGCCCCAGCUGUCAUCCACAGCAGCCUUGAGCAUCCCAGUGCUCUUUAGGACAAGCAUCUUCCUCAUCUGUGCAAAACCUGAGAUAAAGGGCCAAGGUCUGGGUCAUAACAAACUGAGAUUCUACCAGUUCCAAAGUUAAUCUCCUCAACAGUCACUUUAUUUUCCUUGCAAUCCAUUUUUACAAUAGGAAAUGUGCUUUUAGCUAAUUUCCUAAUUUUAAGGAAAUUUGUAAGGUCCUUUUCUUAAAAAAAAUAAAUUUAUCUUCGGUGUGCUGGGUCCUCCUGUGGCCUGUGGGCUUUCUCUCGUUGCGGAAGCAGGGGAUACUCUCUAAUUGCUGUGUGUAGGCUUCUCAUUGCAGUGGCUUCUCUCAUUGCGGUUCAUGGUCUCCAGAGGGCAGGCUCAGUAGUUGUGGCAUACAGGCUUCGUUGCCCUGUGACAUGUGGGAUCUUCCCAGACUCAGGGAUUGAACCAGUGUUCCCUGCAUUGCAAGGCAGAUUCUUAACCACUGGACCACCAGGGAAGCCCCAUAAAGUCCUUUUAUAAAGAUUAGGUGGAAUAGAGUUAGGCCAGUAACGUCCUGGCAAAGAUUGAAGGCAGGAGGAGAAGGGGACGACAGAGGAUGAGAUGGUUGGAUGGCAUCACCAACUCAAUGGACAUGAGUUCAAGUAAGCUCCAGGAGUUGGUGAUGGACAGGGAGGCCUGGCCGGCUGCAUUGUCCAUGGGGUUGCAAAGAGUUGGACAUGACUGAGUGACUGAAUUGAACUGAGUAAUGUCCUCGUGAAAAAUUAUCACUAGAACUGGUGAAUAAAUCAGCUUCUCAUGACUUUAAGUUGUUAUAUUUUAAAAAACAUGGCUUGUUCCCCUGCCACAAACAUUUUGACAAGUAUAGUUCAAAGAGCAAACCUGUGUCAGGAUUUCAAGUCUACUGUCCUUGAAACUAUAAAAAUCAAAUCUCUCAAUACUACGAGAAAAUUGUUUGGUCUUCCUAACAAAGAGCUUUAGGCAAAAACUCAACUUUAUGACAAAGAAGAAAUAGGUGUGGUUUUCAUUUUAUUUACUAUAAACCGUUGUGUCAGCAUUUCCCUAAUAUUUUCCUUCUUUCUUUGACAAGUCAUCACAGUUAAGUCAGGACUUGUCUUUUCCAAGUACCUUGUCAGUCUUCUUCAUUCUUUGAAUUUUCUUCACUAGCUACUAAAUGAAGCUGGGGGCUGCUGUUUCUAUGUUUUCCAUUGUUGUUUAGUUGCUAAGUCAUGUCCGACUCUAUGUGACCCCAUGGACUAUAGCCCACCAGGCCCCUCUGUCCAUGGGAUUCUCCAGGCAAAAAUACUGGAGUGGGUUGCCAUUUGCUUCUCAGGGGAUCUUCCUGACCCAGGGAUUGAACCUGGGUUUCCUGCCCUGGCAGGCAGAGUCUUUACCACUGAGCCACCAGGAAAGCCAAUAUGUUUUCUAGCCAAGGCUAAAUUGAAGAAGACAGGCUUAUGGGUUCCUGUUUUCACAGGUGAUUUGUCCUGAGGCUGGACUGCAGCCCCAAGUCCCAGUUCCUCCCCUACCCCAUCAAGCUACCUACUUCCCUUCCAGGGGCCCUGCUGAUGGCCCAUCCCCACCAGACCUGCAGCUCAAACUUGGAAGAAUUGCUUGGGAAAUUUCUGUGUUUUUCCAAAUUUCAAAUUUCGAGGAAAACCAGUGGAGAAGUUAGGAAAACAAGAAAAAAUUAUUAUUCUCUUUUGAGAAUGAAAACUUUGCGAGUAACACAGAGAUGUUACUGCUCUGAAGGAAUCCACUGAAGUGUGAUGGAACAUGAGUGCAGGAGAUGCUGACACAGAGUCCAAGGUUAAGGGUGAUAGUUUUGGAAACCAGGACAGGAACACCCGGAAGAAAAGCAGUGAUGAUUAACCAGUUGAUCUUCCAAGCUGUAGCUACAGCCAUGUUAUAAGUGUGUGUCUAUGACCUGCCUGUCUCUAAUGGUGAGUGACUGUUGCAAAUAAAAUAAUAACUAAUACAUUUUAUUAAUUUAUUAAUACAUUUUGUGCAUUGUAUGCUUUCCACGAAUCUUAUGAAUGGUGUUCCAAGAAAUAAUAAAUUUUGGAAGCAAAACACGUUUUAAAAAGAG